AUGCCCGACUCUCCUCUUCUAGGCACGUUUCUUUCCUCAAACCCCUACUUUUCUGCCGGUGUUGGUGUACUGGGAGUGGGCGCUGGUUUAGCUAUCCUUCGUCAGGGAUUAACUCGUGGAAUGACCAUAGCUCGUCGCCAGUUACUAGUCACAUUGGAAAUUCCCUCGAAAGAUAAGUCGUAUGCUUGGUUUUUACAUUGGAUGUCUAAACAGUCGAUAAGAAAGGCACAUCAACUUGCUGUAGAGACUUCUUUUGUACAACAUGAUAAUGGUAGUGUGAGUGCAAAUUUUAAACUUGUUCCGGGUCCAGGAAGACAUUUUUUUAAGUGGAAGGGUGUAUGGUUGCAGGUUGAACGUGUUCGAGAUAAUAAAAUGUUGGAUAUAACAACGGGAAGUCCCUGGGAAACAGUGACUCUCACAACCAUAAGUCGUGAUCGUCAUAUUUUCACGGAUUUAUUACGUGAAGCCCAGGAACUCGCCCUUGCUCAACAAGAAGGCAAAACGGUGAUUUACACAAGCUGGGGUCCAGAAUGGAGACCUUUUGGAUUACCACGAAAACGGAGAUUGUUGGAUUCCGUUAUAUUAGAUCAAGGUGUUAAAGAACGCAUUGUCAAAGAUGUUAAAGAUUUUAUUAAUAAUGGUAAUUGGUAUAACGAGCGAGGAAUACCGUAUCGCAGAGGAUAUUUGUUAUAUGGUCCUCCGGGAAGUGGUAAAAGUAGUUUUAUACAGGCACUCGCUGGUGAAUUAGAAUAUAACAUAUGCAUUUUAAAUUUAAGUGAGAUUGGUUUAACCGAUGAUCGAUUAAACCAUCUGCUAAGUAAUGCUCCAGAACGUAGCAUAAUGUUAUUGGAAGACAUUGAUGCUGCUUUUACGCAAAAGCGUGAAACACAGGGUUAUGGUUCAUCGGUGACAUUCAGUGGCCUGCUAAACGCGCUAGACGGCGUUGCGGCCUCCGAAGAACGCAUAAUAUUCAUGACAACAAAUUACGUGGAUCGACUUCAACCGGCGCUGAUACGUCCGGGUAGAGUUGAUUUUAAAGAACUUUUGGAUGUGGCAAGUGACCAUCAGAUACGUACGAUGUUUUUGAGAUUUUAUGAGAAUAAAACUGAAUUGGCCGAAAAAUUCGUGGAGAAAGUUAGGGGAAAAGGAAUUAGUACUGCCCAGUUGCAAGGACAUUUUGUAUUUUGGAAGGAUGAUCCAUUAGGAGCUGUUCAAAAUGCAGAUUCUGUUACGAAAGGAUGGUAG